AUGGCGGAAAAAGGGGACCUUAAUCCCCUUAAACGGCCUAGAGUUGGGAUCACCCCUGAGGAACUCCAAGCUAUGCUGGAGGAGAAGCAGAAGGAGAUUGAUUUUUUGAAUAGAAAGUUUGAUUACAUUAUGAAGGAGAAUGAAAAACUCAGAAUCCUCUUGAAGAGAAUGGAAAGUGAAAGUGAAGAGGAAGAUUCAAGUGAAGGUGAAAUGGUUAUUGAAGAACAGGAAAUACCUGUUGAGAAUGAGAUAGUAAGAAACAAAGCUGAAGUUUCUGCUGAAAGUGAAGUGAAAGGCCAGAAUAAUGCCGUAUCUGGUUCAUCAUCUAAUGCCAAGCCGAAGGCAAAGAAGCAGGAAGCCGGCAGUCCGAAUGAUCGUGUAAAGGUUUCAUCCAAGGAGAAGUCAACUCAACCCAAGGAGGCAAAGAAGAAAACCAACUCAGCUUUAAAAUCGAUAAACUAUCAAGUGACAACAUCAAUAAUACGAUUAACAUCGAUGCACAACAAUAUUGGCAACAAAACAGCAACAACAGCAGCAGCAGCCGCAAGUAGGAGCAACAAGCAACACCAGCAGCAGCAACAGCAGCAGCAACAACAGCAGAAUCAGCAAAAUAAACAUGCAUGA